AGGAGACAAUCGCCGAAUUACGACGUUAGGUUGAAGAACAACAAAGGCUCCGCGAAGCUGCUGAGCGCCUCUAGGGAGAGGCUGAGCGCCCACGGGAAGCGGCAGAGCGGCGAGUGCAACCUAAUACACUAUCUCGCCUCCUCGAUCGCUGCCACAAUUUUCUGUCCCAAGCGAUCUAAGUUAAGGCAGAUACGACCCUCACGACUCAGGGCGACGCGACCGAUCCAUAUAUUGUCCCUUGGCUUGACUUCCCCUAGCUACAGGAACAAGUUUAGGGGAAAUUCGACCGCACCGCUGGCUUUACCUCGCGCCCACUAUUCCCUUCUGAUACCCAAAUCGAUUAUAUCGUUACGAAUAUCUAGAAUAGGCCGAUCUAUUCGGAAGCGUCUCUUCGGAAUUUUGAGCGAGAUACGGUGGAUAACUUUGUCGAAAAGAAGAGGCAGAGGAAGAGGGGGAGGAGCGGCGGAGAGACAGAAGAGGGAUAGUACUACACGAAGACGCAAUCGGCGCGCCGACCAGUUCUGCGUGCACCUUACGGCUGAUAAACGACAAAUACCAGUGUAUACAGUGGAGUUCAAAGCGCCGCACAAGGUAACGAUUCCCGAAUUGGUUGUAGGUCUACACCAGAUAGAUCUGGCUCGCGAUAUGAUUGACCAGAAAGGUAAUACGUUUGAAUUUUACGCCACCCGACUUAUCGCCGCCGUGAUCACUCAAAUAUUUUUAUAUAUAAUCGACAGUGGGGUUCGAUACGGCUAUAUCUGCACAGGGGAGGCCUUUGUUUUCCUAUAUAUCCCGAAAGACGAUCCUAUAGUUGUUCAAUAUUUCUUGUAUAUUCCGAAUCAAGACGAGGUCGAAUAUCUCAACGUAUUGAAGGAAAUUCCUGAAACUCUCCGUAAAGAUCCGAGAUCCUCUAAUUAUCGGCCUUCGCAUUGGAAACGAGAUCGAAAAGUAUAUAAUAUACGAUCUAGCGCUCGCUGUCAGCUAGACGUAUCUACACUAAAGCACUCGUCGCCCGAAGGUAGCGGCAGCGAUCAAGAAUCGCAAUCGCUAUCCGCUGCUGCAGCGUCGCGUAGCCGAUUAAGCCGCAAACGAGGUAAUAAGCGUCAAUCGAGAAAGGGAAGCGAAAGGACACAAGCCGGCGAGGACAAAAACCAUACUUCUCGCUAA